GGCGCCUGCCGAUUCUACAUUCUUCAACCUCUUUUAACUCGACAGGGUCCAUCGACUGCUCUCCCAGAGCCAAGUGAAGGUCCGACGCAGAACAUCCCCCAAAAGCACUCGCGAGGAUACCUCUGACACACUCUGCCAUGGACGUACAACGACCUCGCUUCCAUUUCGCCAUUGUCUGUGCGCUACCCCUCGAAUAUGAUGCCAUAACCCUGGCCUUCGAUGAGCUCUGGUCGGACACCAUGUUUCCACAGGAAACACUACCCGAAGGCUACAGCAGAUUCAAGGCCGGCCGCAUCGGAAGCCACAAUAUCAUCCUGCUUCUCCUCGCCGGCAUAAAGACAAGUGGUGCAAGUGCAGCAAUCGCUCUCCGCGUAGCGCAUCCCCUGAUAGAGCUGACUGUUUUGGCUGGCAUUUGCGGCGGGGUGCCCAGCCCAGGGACGGACAAUGAGAUUUUACUGGGAGACGUGAUUAUCAGCAAGAACCUUGUUCAAUACGACCUUGACCAGCAGUAUCCUCACAUAUAUUCUAGGAAAGCAACCACCGAUGAUUUCUUUGGCCGACCAAACAAACAAAUUGUUUCAUUAUUCGCCAUAUUCUCAACAAAGCUCGGCCUGAAAGGUCUUCAGACCCGGGCCACUGAGAUACUGGAGAAAUUACAGAAGGCAGCCAUCAAGAAAAGGCGCCGAGACUACUACGUCCGCCUUGCCGAUGAAGAGGACACUCUUUAUGGGCCAGAAAACUUACACAAACAUCGGCAUUCCUCAGACUGUGGCUGUAGUGAAGCCACCGCAUGCGCCGGAGCAAUAAAUGCGUCGUGUCUAGAGCUUGGGUGUGACGCCGGGCGCCAGGUCUUGAGAAGACGACUCGAUUCAAGGAAAAGGCAAGAACUAGCCAGUGAAGAAAGCAUCACACACACACCAGGGCCGUGGAUACACAUCGGCCGUAUGGGCUCAAGUGAAACGGCCAUUAAAUCAGGUGAACGCCGUGACCGGAUUGCUAGAGAGCAUGGCAUUAUAGCCUUUGAGACGGGAGGGGCCAGGAUAUGGGAUGAGAUUCCCUGCAUUGUUGUCAGGGGAGUUUGUGACUACGCCGACAGCCACAACAGCAAGAAGUGGCAAAGCUUCGCAGCAGCAACAGCAGCUUCCGCGACAAAAGCGCUGCUGGAGUAUUACACGCAAGCAGACAGGUCAACGACCACUAAGCCAUGGUUCGUCGUUCCGUUUCUCAAGAAUCCGGGUUUCGUUGGACGAUCUAGAACGCUAGAUCGCAUCGGCAAACUGUUCAGGCAUAGGCAGCCCUACCGAGAACAGGCCUUAAAACCAUGCUCACGAGUAGUUCUUUGGGGUGCAGGUGGUAUAGGAAAAACGCAGAUUGCGCUUGCUUAUGUAUACUGGCUACGCCAUGAACGAAUUUUUGUUUCGGUGUUCUGGGUCUCUGCAGGCAGCCAAGAGCAAUUCCGCCAGUCAUACCACUCCAUUGCUCGGAGAUGCGGCAUACAUGGAUAUGACGAACCCAAUGUUGAUGUUCUUUCCCUUGUGAAAGCCUGGUUGGAAAGGGCGAACCGGCAUCGGUGGCUGAUGGUCGUCGACAACGCUGACGACACAAAGCUGUUUUCCCCUGAAAAGAGUGCCGAACAUACACAACAUGCGGCCAGUCCGAGCGAUAUGAUGAAGCGCUACUUACCCGACUGUGAUCACGGAUCGAUCUUAUUUACGACCAGGAGCAACCAGCCAGAAAUACAUCCGAUCAGAGGAACCAAAGCACUUCAAGUUCUUGGGAUGACAGAGGGCGAAACACUACAGCUAAUUCAAAGUAUUACGGGGGAAAAGGUUACGGCUGCGGAAAGCGCGUUCGUCUCUGAACGAGUCGGGUAUCGACCACUCGCAAUCGCCCGAAUCGCCAUAUUGGCACGCAGGAAGAAGAUCCCAAUCGGCAAAAUUAUCCCGCUCCUUGGCGUCAGUAAUGAUAGAGAGGUGAACGUGGAGAGAGAUCAUGGCGUUUCGCCUUCCACUGCCGAGUUGGAGGAACUGCUAAAGCUCUGUCGAGAGAUGCUUGGUCAAGCCCACCCUGAUACUAUCCAAAGUAUGACUGAACUUGCAUCAGCUUACUACGCCCAGGGGAGGUAUGAAAAGCAGGAGAAGAUCACGAGAGAACUACUGAAGCUACGCCAGGAGAUUGGUAUAGCCCACCCUGAUACUACCCAAACGAUGACCGAGCUUGCAGCGAUAUACUACGCCCAGUGGAGGUACAAAAAGCAUGAGGCGAUUGAAACAGAAGUACUAAAGCUGCGUCGGGAGAUUCUGGACCAUAGGCAACCUGACGAAAUCGAAGAGACUGACACCUCGAGGUUCAGUGACAUCACCCAAGAUCAAGAACGAACAAAAAUUCCAGAAGUAUUAUGGGUCUCCGGAAGGUCCAGUAUCGAAAGUGACGGCACCUCCGGUCGAUCUAGUCCAUGGUCAAGCGUGAGGCUUGCAUCGACAAAGCCAUCCUCAUUGGAGAACACAAGAAAUGCUGGCAAUGAUGAUGUCGCCAAGCAAAAGAUUGAGAGCUUCUACAGACACACAGACACACCUUAUCAUCAAAACGAGGACGAGGAUGAAAUCAAGUCGAUGGUCUCCGGGCCUGAAGACAUCCAAUCACAGGAUGGUUCAGGGUCAGUUCGGUGGGAAGUCCGGACAGCCGCGGUCAGCUACCUGGCGGACCUUCUGAUCAAUGACCCGAAUCUGGUUCCUCUGUACCUGGACGCGGCUAAGCGCCUACAAGAUGACCGGUUCUUCCGAAAUCACGAACGCCUACUUAAGAGAUAUUACUUGUCGUUGCGCUCACAAUCGCCGAACCAGAAACAGAAGGUGGCCAUCGAGUUUCUCAGACCACGGAGUCACAGAAGGCUCAUCUCGUUGAGUGUCCACGAGAAAAUUGUCUCGUACGACAAUGACAGUAGAGACAAGGUUCACGCCACUCUCCCCGAAGAUGACAAGCGGAACUUGACUUUGGAACGUUUCCUCAAUGGGGUUGAAGCCUCCUCAAACAGCCUUCCGACAGAAAAGUCAGAAAUGGCGCCGGAUUACGACGAAGAGGAAAGCUCCUCAGAUGAAGAAGACCGCGAGAGCAUCAAAACGCUGGUGGAUCUCCAAGAGACCAGGAGCUUUUUUAUCUCUGGAGCACCGCUGACCCACUUCAAAGCUGAAUUCCGCAAUUUUCUCUAUCCGAUCCGUGAGGAAAUAGAGGAGACACCAGAGCUGGGAAACUUGAAGCCGAUUGAAAGGUCCAAACUGAUGAGCUGGAGAGCGAAGCUAUAUGCUUGGCUCUAUGACUUGUGGUCUCCACCGAAACCUGGCUACGAAAGAGUUAGGUACACCUGUGCUUGUGGCGAUGACAUGUUUCUAGAUGCUAGGGAGCUGUCUCCAGGCGGGAUGAGGCGGUUUCUAGAACGAUUGGCCAACGAUGGUCUCGCCAGUCUCACAAUCGCUCAAGAAGACUCAGGCCAUGCUCCAAAUGGCCUCUCUCCGCCACCGCCAGCACACCUACGUCCUGGGGGAAGCUCAUCCAGCGCGUCCGGCCAGAGUUCCGACUUCGAAACAUCUUCAUUUAGAACAAGAUCGUUCUCGUCGACGACAAAUACGUCGUGGUCCGAGGAACAGACAUCGGAAGAGGAGGAAGAACCUAGUCUGCAGUAUCUUUUGGUGUGUAUCAACCAGAAGAGCCUUCCGGUACUGGUGCACAUUGAGUGCAGCUCCUUCGAAAAUGACCAGUAUCUUUGUCAGCAAAUAUUGGAGGAAUAUCAAAUGAUAAGGGAGCGUUCGACCUGGAAGACUUCCUUCCUUCUUCCUUUGUCAGCCUCAACCGUCUUCAACCGUGCAUCCGAGUAUCUGGCGCAGAGGAUACCAAGCUGGAUGGAAUGGAUACCUCGACUGUUUCAGUCUCUCUCCGAAAUCAGCCUUUUCAAAAUGGACACGGGGGAUUUCGUACGGGUGAACAUUCUCCUCUCCUGUUUUCAACUCGUCCCAGUCGGAGAAGCCACCGUGCCAAACCAUAUCAAGUGCGCCGAGUUCCCUCCGGAGUCCGAAGUGAAGGCGGGAAACUAUUUAUACGAACCGGUACCAAUGUUCGACGUCGAACUGGCGUCAAUCCCGCUGUGGCACCUCACACGACCAGGCCAACACAGCGACAAGUACUGGAUCACGACGUUCCCGAAGAAGCUUCGCUAUCCACUGCACCGCGAGGCCGGGGUCUACGUGAAGCCAACCAUCGGAUGGGGCAUACGGGUCAAUGAGGCCUUCAACUUGCACCACUUCCUAUUCCUCAUUAUUGUGGUGAUUGUAAUCAUUGGCAUAAUCAUGAGCAUCUAUUUGGCGUUGACGGCGGAUGAUUCUUCUGCCUUUGGAUUGGCGGCGUUCCUUGCAGCAACUUCUGCGAUUUAUAUCCCUUACCAAUAUUUUGCUUGGAAGGAGAAGCUUGAAUAGGGGUUCCAUUUCCCGGUGUUUUACUGGCUCUGGAUUAUAGGUAUCAUGCACGGAGUUAUGGUCUGCGGCCAGCUGUGUG